GGGAGGCCGCUCCUCGGGUGCCAGGAGUUACCCCGAAAGACAAAGAGGGACCCCCGUGUGGGACGGCGCUGGCGUUCAGGGAGGCUGGGACCGCGCAGCGCAGACCCGGCGGCGACCUUACGCUCCCACCGCUUCCGGGGCCCGCCCCGCCCCUCCGGCCAGCGCCUCGCUCUUCCGAGUCUCUAUGGUACCAACUUCCACCGCGCGCCACUCCUCGCGAGACUUCGGCGGCGCAGCAAUGGCGAGAUCAUGCCGCGUCACUGCUCCGCCGCCGGCUGCUGCACACGCGACACGCGCGAGACGCGCAACCGCGGCAUCUCUUUCCACAGACUUCCCAAGAAGGACAACCCGAGGCGAGGCUUGUGGCUGGCCAACUGCCAGCGGCUGGACCCCAGCGGCCAGGGCCUGUGGGACCCGGCUUCCGAGUACAUCUACUUCUGCUCCAAACACUUCGAGGAAAACUGCUUUGAGCUGGUGGGAAUCAGUGGGUAUCACAGGCUGAAGGAGGGGGCAGUUCCCACGAUAUUUGAGUCUUUCUCCAAGUUACGCCGGACAACCAAGACCAAGGGGCACAGUUACCCACCUGGCCCCCCUGACGUCAGCCGGCUCCGGCGAUGCAGGAAGCGCUGCUCUGAGAGCCGAGGGCCCACGACUCCAUUUUCUCCACCUCCACCUGCUGAUGUCACCUGCUUUCCUGUGGAAGAGGCCUCAGCCCCUGCUGCUUUGCCUGCCUCCCCCACUGGGAGGCUGGAGGCUGGCCUCAGCAGCCCCUUCGCAGACCUCCUGGGGCCCCUGGGUGCCCAGGCAGAUGAAGCAGGCUGCAGUGCCCAGCCCUCGCCGGAGCGGGAGCCCGACAGACAGCCGUCCCCCCUCGAGCCACGGCCCGUCUCACCCUCAGCCUACAUGCUGCGCCUGCCCCCCCCGGCCGGUGCCUACAUCCAGAAUGAGCACAGCUACCAAGUGGGCAGUGCCCUGCUCUGGAAGCGGCGGGCUGAGGCCGCACUCGAUGCCCUGGACAAGGCCCAGCGCCAGCUGCAGGCCUGCAAGCGGCGAGAGCAGCGCCUGCGGCUACGGCUGAGCAAGCUGCAGCAGGAGCGCGCCCGGGAGAAGCGGGCACAGGCGGAUGCCCGCCAGACUCUGAAGGAGCACGUGCAGGACUUUGCCAUGCAGCUGAGCAGCAGCAUGGUGUGAGGGAGGGGCUGCCGGCCCCAGGGCUGCCUGUUGGGGCGUCAGCCUCUUCCUCCCUUGGAAUCCGCCUGGAAAGGGACCCAAUCUGAGCUGUGUCCACCAGACCUGCCAGAUGCCAUAAUAAAGUGGAUUCUAGGAGGCCCUGCUAUCUGGCUCAGCUGCGGCUGGGGCCCCUCCCCUGGAGUCUGAGCCCUCAGCUGUGGAGAGCAAGAAGUGCAGCUCUUGCCCGCCCCUCCUCAUGCAACUCCUGGCUCCACAGGGUUUUCUGAGGGACAGGAUGGUGUGAGCAGAGGCCAGGGGCAGCACCAGGAACCUUCUCCUUGGUACCUGUAACAGCCCAGACUCCCGCAGUCUCGUCUUUUUGAAAACACUCAUGAAACCCAGGCUAGACUCCAUUUGCAAGGACACCUGCAUGGCUUCCAUCCACUGGCCCAGUUUUGGCCCGGUCUGCCCAGAAGUCGGUACGGUACAGCACUUCAACCCCAGCCUGCAGACCAGCUACCCCCUUAUCCCUGGGCCUGGCUUAUCUGAAAAACGGACAAAGACAGCAAUUUCUGACCUGGCGCUGUAUGCUUGGCAAGUAGUAAAGGCCCAGCAAUGACACUUCUAGUCCCCAGAGGUCUGGGAAGAGGUGGGGAAGCUUGGAGGCAGCCUUGGGGGCAGCAAUCCCGGCCUCAACCUGAGUCCCUGUUGUUCUUCAAGUUGACUGGAAUGUAGGCUUCCCUGCAUCUGUGAUGGUGGCAAACAGCUCAGGGUGUGGGGUGGUUUUAACUGCACACGUAACCUCCCUGCUGGGCUUCGGCCACGGUAGCCCCAAGAGCAUAGCUGAAUUCUCCCUGGUCCUGGAAAGUGCCACACAAUGUUCUGAAAUUGGCUUUCUAGGAUCCUUGGUGUGUAAGUUCAUUUAUUCAUAUGUUUAGAAGAGAAAGUCAAGCGACCGGUUACAAGGGUCCACUGUAGAGCAGGGUUUGCGGAUCAUUCACUGGGGUU